UACUGCUGCUGAUGCCACUCUGAAAAUAAAUCCUCAAAUAAAGAUAGAUGCACAUCUGAACAAAGUAUGUCCAGCCACUGAGACCAUUUAUAAUGAUGAAUUUUAUACUAAACAAGAUAUAAUUAUUACAGCAUUAGAUAAUGUGGAAGCCAGGAGAUAUGUAGACAGCCGUUGCUUAGCAAAUCUACGGCCUCUCUUAGAUUCGGGAACAAUGGGCACUAAGGGACACACUGAAGUUGUUGUACCUCACUUGACUGAAUCUUACAAUAGUCAUCGGGACCCCCCAGAAGAGGAAAUACCAUUUUGUACUCUAAAAUCCUUUCCAGCUGCUAUUGAACACACUAUACAAUGGGCAAGAGAUAAGUUUGAAAGUUCCUUUUCUCACAAGCCUUCAUUGUUUAAUAAAUUUUGGCAAACCUAUCCAUCUGCAGAAGAAGUCUUACAGAAGAUAAAAAGUGGACAGAGUUUAGAAGGCUGUUUUCAAGUUAUUAAGUUACUUAGCAGAAGACCUAGAAAUUGGUUCCAGUGUGUAGAACUAGCAAGAUUAAAGUUUGAAAAAUAUUUUAACCAUAAGGCUCUUCAGCUUCUUCACUGUUUUCCUCUGGACACACAAUUAAAAGAUGGCAGUUUGUUUUGGCAAUCGCCAAAAAGGCCACCUUCUCCAAUAAAAUUUGAUUUAAAUGAACCUUUGCACCUCAGUUUCCUUCAGAAUGCUGCAAAACUGUAUGCUACGAUAUAUUACAUUACAUUUACAGAAAAGGACUUAGCAGCAGAUGCCCUAAUGAAUAUUCUUUCAGAAGUAAAGAUUCAGGAAUUCAAACCUUCCAACAAGGUUGUUCAAACAGAUGAAACUGCAAGGAAACCAGACCAUGUUCCUAUUAGCAGUGAAGAUGAAAGGAAUGCUGUUUUCCAACUAGAAAAGGCUAUUUCAUCUAAUGAAGCUUCCAAAAGUGACCUUCAGAUGGCAGUACUUUCAUUUGAAAAAGAUGAUGAUAGUAAUGGACACAUAGAUUUCAUCACAGCUGCAUCCAAUCUUCGUGCCAAAAUGUAUAGCAUUGAACCAGCUGACCGUUUUAAAACAAAGCGCAUAGCUGGUAAGAUUAUACCUGCUAUAGCAACAUCCACUGCUGCAGUUUCUGGCUUGGUUGCCUUGGAGAUGAUCAAAGUAACUGGUGGCUAUCCAUUUGAAGCUUAUAAAAAUUGUUUCCUGAACUUAGCCAUUCCAGUUAUAGUGUUUACAGAGGCAUCUGAAGUAAGGAAAACUGAAAUCAGAAAUGGAAUCUCAUUUACAAUUUGGGACAGAUGGAUUAUACAUGGAAAAGAAGAUUUUACCCUCUUGGAUUUUAUAAAUGCAGUCAAAGAAAAGUAUGGUAUUGAGCCAACAAUGGUGGUUCAGGGAGUCAAAAUGCUUUAUGUUCCUGUAAUGCCUGGUCAUGCAAAAAGAUUAAAGUUAACAAUGCACAAACUUGUGAAACCUUCUACUGAAAAGAAGUAUGUGGAUCUUACUGUGUCAUUUGCCCCAGACACUGAUGGUGAUGAAGAUUUGCCAGGACCUCCAGUAAGAUACUACUUCAGUCAUGACACUGAUUAUUAGAAGUUGUCUUAUUCCAAGAUUACUUGA